UCUGUCUCUCGUUUUUACCGCCGUCAUCCGUCUUACCAGGCCCUCGAUAGAUUCUGCACGCCGCUCUUUACUGCGUCUCGGUGACCACUCUAUAGAGAGAGGCUCACCAUGAAGUCUUUCACGUGGCUGUGGUUGGCAGUCGUCGCCCUGGCUGCUGUCGCAUCGGCUCAGAAAAAGCGCCUCUUGUUCUAUGGCAGCGUGGAGUACAGAGAGUGGCAAGAAGCUGAGGAUUUAGGCUAUGAAGUCGUCAACGUCACCGAUGCUCAGUGGCGCUCUUACACUCAAGAUGAUUUUGCCCAGUUCGCUGCCAUCGUUGUCCAGGAUCCUGACUGCAAAUCACUUCCGGAAGUUGACAAUCUAAGGUUGCUCGAAGAAACCAAGACCAAAUGGUCGCCAGCGGUGACGGGACCCGUCAUCCUCAUCGGCACGGAUCCCUCAUUCCACGCCGGUGACUACGAAGGAGCCGUGUCUCUGAUCCGGGGCGGACUGAAUUUUGCAGCGUCGGGCAAUGAGACGGGGUUAUAUUUUUCGCUCUCAUGCUACUAUCAAAAUGUCGAAAAGGAGAUUGUCUCGGUGCUAUCCGAGUUUGGUACCUUUGAAGUGCGAGGCCAGCUGAGCUGCUACAACGACGCACAUCUGGUGGCAAAUUCAACAGCUCUCUUGGGCAUAAAAGAUGAGGACCUGAGCGACUGGUCCUGCAGUGUCCACGAGGUCUUUUCCAACUACCCCAAGGCUGGCAUGCGCGGAUUCGAGCCCUUGGUGAUCGCUCAGGGGGCUACCGGCGCCGGGAACUUGACCUUUGCAGACAACAGCACGGGAGUCCCCUACAUCCUUACAAAGUUUGCCACGCCGAUCGGCUGUGGAAAUGGCAUAUGGGAGUCCCGUCUUGGCGAGGAGUGUGACUAUGGCGACUCCAAUGGCCAUGAUAACAGCACUUGUACCCUGUCUUGCAGGUGCAUAUAUGGGGCGUUGGGAAAUGGAACUUGUUCGUCUGUUAACAACUCAACAAGUUCAUCCACCACUCGCGGGUUCAGUAGCACGCUUUUCACUAACUCGAGCUCCACGGCUACUUCCACUACCAGCUCUUCAGUAACGGCAACGAGCGAGGUGUCCAAUUCCAUUACAGUCAUUACGGUUGUGGUUACGUCCACCGUUUCUAUCAACCCGUCAUCCUCGUCUCUCACUACAUUCACGACAGUGUCCACUUCUACCCUCUUACCCCUGACAUCAGACUCAUCGGCGGUAAGCUCUGAGACGACAGCUACUCCGGGACCGUCAGUGACAACGAUCGUCAUCACUUCCACUGUGUCCAUCAAUCCCAGUUCCUCAUCUACCACGACAAUAACAAGCGUGGUGCCAAUCUCUGGCUCAACAGCAAACUCAGCCAGCGCGUCGCCAAGUUCCGGUUCUGAGGUUUCCACUGUUACUUCUGUUGUGACAUCGUAUGUGUCUAUCAAUCCAAGUUCCUCCUCGGAAACUGUAUACACGACUGUGUAUGUAACCGCUAUACCUGCUGGAUCUUCCGCUUCCCCAACGGAGACCCCGACAUCUACGAUCAACAGUCCAUCAAUCUCGACCGUGACUUCGGUAGUGACCUCGGUAGUUACCGUAAACCCGAGCUCUUCGUCAACCACCAUAUACACCACUGUCUAUCCCACAACGAUUCUGCCACCAACACCCUCUAAUGCUGGUCAAGUAUCUUCUUCAUCAUCAGGGACAGCUGUGUCUUCCUCGAGGCAGUACACGACAAUCACUUCGGUUUACACUACACUGGUCACCGUGAAUCCCAACUCGAUUUUCACCUCGUACUACACGACGUACAUUACAGUUCGGCUCGGACAGAUCGCCACCACGGCUCCUUUCCCGAACUCGACAGCCAUCCAGACGGGAUCCGCCACGUCGACUUCCGUCUUCAACGUGACCUCAAGCUCGAUAUUGGUCACUGUCAUACCCACAACUAGCGUCUCCUCCGUCUCACUCUCCUCUGUCAUCGUCACCGUGAUUCCGACCUCGCUGAUCUCCACUGUGGUCAGCAUCAUUCCCAGCACGGCUGUUGGGAAUAUUUCGCUGAGUUCCACCUUGGUGACAGUCCUGCCGAUAACCUCGACGGCCGGGGGUCAGGCCACCUCGUUGUCGUCCGUGGGAAGCAACUCUACGCAGCUCGUGACAGAGACUGUGUCUUCUACCGUCACUCUCCCCCAGCCAUCUGGAUCAGUGACGUCUGGGUCGGGAGCUAACUCUUCUCAACUUGUUACGGAGACUAUCUCUGCCACUGUGACUGUUACCCCGUCCUCAAGUUCGCAAUUGAUAUCUGCCUCGGGAACUAGUUCGUCUGGGCUUGUUACAGCGACUGUCUCCGCUACAGUCACCGUUAUCCCAUCCUCAAGCUCACAGGCGCUGCCUAUCUCGGCAAGCAAUUCUUCCGGGCUUGUCACAGAAACUGUUUCGGCUACUGUUACCGUUGUCCCAUCAUCAAUUUCACAGGCUCUACCCAUCUCAGGAACCAAUUCGUCCGCGCUUGUUACUGAAACGGUAUCGUCUACGGUCACUGUUGUCAGUCCAUCGGGGUCACAGGCGACAUCAGAUGCGGGAGCUAGCUCAUCUGAGCUGGUCACCGAGACUGUCUCUGCAACCGUAACCCUCACCCGGUCUUCGGGCAUCCAGCAACCCACUUCAGACGCCAGCGCAUCAGCUAGCAACUCGGAUGCGCCUGUCACUCAGACGUUGUCGUCGACAGUGACAGUUAGCGGCGCGACGUCAUCGGGGGCGCAGUUGCCAACCUCAGGGGCAGCAAGCGAGUCAAGUUCAUUCACAGAGACAUCCACGGGAGCCGCUGCAACCUCUCUGUCGUCUGCAGACGCAACGUCAGUAGUGACCACUGGGCUUACUGACGCGAUAUCCGGUACUAGUACUGGAGCAGACACCGUCAGCACUACAGCAGUCGUGACCAGGACUCCCUGCCAUGGUGGUGGUGGCUAUUCACCCGUGCCAAGUGGCGCUUCUACGUCUCUCAGCGAUGCGCAAUCUACGUCGCUUACAGAUGCAGUGUCUACAUCGCUUACAGACGCCUGGUCUGCCUCGGUCACAAGUGUUCUCUCUACUUCGACUCCAGGUCCGCAGUACACCUCGCUUCCAGAUGCUCAGUCUACGUCAAUUACAGAUGCCGUGUCCACGUCAACCACCAAUGACCAGUCUACGUCAGCUACAGAUGCACUGUCUACUUCGCUUACGGAUGCACAAUCUACCUCAAACAGCUGGCUGACUUCGACAACCAUGACAGUUCAGACCACUGAGGGUGCAUUGCCCACCAGCGCCGGAUCCGCGUCCGUCUCCAGUGAUUUCUCAACCAGUCUCACGGCGCCCUGGUCGACGAUAACGAGGCCUCCGUUCACUGUUGUUCCGUACGAGCCGACCCCUUGCGUAAGCUGGCUCAGCUACGUUACGGAGGUGUAUGUAGUUUUGACUACAACUUGUGCGCAGGGCAGCGUUAGCACAACGACCCUGACUGAUCGAUACACGACCGUGACGACGUCGGCUUGCGCCACUCAAACUGUUCCAGAGCCGUGCUACGGCUGCGUCGUGGGAGCUCCAGACGCAGGAGAGGUGGUUUCAGUUACCGUGACUUCAACUGCAAGCGCGGUGAUCAUACCUGGAGAGCUACCCAUCGCUUCCGGUACAGGGCUCGGCUUCCCUCAGGGCCCUUCAGAAUCAGUGCUUCCUCGCAAGGAGAAGGCUGAGGCUGGCAAGGGCGCCGUCGUCACCGCAGGAGCGGGCCGAGUCAACGUUGGUCUUCUUGGCCGAGCCUGGCAGUAUUUGAUGGCCUGCCUUGUUGGUUUUGUCAUGUUGAUGGCUGUUUGAGAGAGAUAAUAUCACCGAUGAGCGCCUAGACUUCUUUUGUUUUCCUUUUUUACAGUUUUACUUCCC